UAAUUUAUGAUGAAAUUAAACUUAAAAUAUUAAUUUCCAUAAGAAAUAAUAAUUAUUAUUAGUCUGGUGUGUAUCAGAAAUUACAAAUUUGAGAGGUUUAUAAAUCAAUCGAAAGAAAUGAGGAGGAAUUCUUAUUUGUCAUGCUCAGAAAUAUCACAUGAAUUUAUGUCUACAAAAUGAAGUGAUUUUGUCGUGAAAUUAAAACACCUGAACACAUAGAAGUGCUGACCCCAUCAGUCCUUCUAUCUCUACGAGUGCGUCAUCGUUGCUUAUAUUGCACUAUCGGCUAUCGCUGUAGCAGAUAAUAAAUAUUUGCACAAAAAUCUAAUGUCCGAAAAGUUUGAUGUGGCUGUAUUUGGAUCGUUAAUCGUUGACUUUAUAAGCUAUGUUCCACGGCUGCCGAAAGUGGGUGAAACCCUGCAUGGAACAAAAUUUGCCACCGGCUUCGGUGGCAAAGGUGCGAACCAAUGCGUAGCAGCGGCCCGUUUGGGCAGCCGGACAGCUAUGGUAGGAAAGCUUGGUAACGAUCCGUGGGGUAAAAAUUACUACAACAAUCUUCAAGCGGAGGGUGUCAAUGUUGAUCAUGUUGAUAUUUUGGAUGGACAAAAUACCGGAAUUGCACAAAUUAACGUUGCCAAUAAUGGUGAUAAUCAAAUAGUCAUAGUUGUUGGAGCCAAUAAUUCCCUCCAGCCCAAUGAUGUCCAAGUCAGUGAAGAUGUAAUAAACAAAGCGAAGGUAUUGGUGUGUCAACUAGAAACUCCAGUCCAAGCUACGAUUGAAGCGUUGAAAAACUUCAAAGGUAUAUCCAUAAUGAAUGCAGCACCAGGCAUGGAAAACAUCCCGCUAGAUCUGCUCAAACUCUGUACGAUAUUCUGCGUGAAUGAGUCCGAAGCAACACUUAUAACUGGAAUGGUAGUCGAGACAAUUAUACAAGCUAAGGCGGCCUUAUUGAAAUUAAGGGACAUGGGCUGUGGGACGAUCAUCAUCACCCUUGGCGAGAAAGGCGCGAUUUUCGCCACAAAGGAUAGUCAAAAGGUUAUCCACGUACGACCAUUUAAGGUCAAUAAGGUUCUAGAUACUACGGGAGCCGGCGAUGCAUUUAUAGGAGCUCUGGCCCAUGUCUUAGCUACUCAUCCGACCGCCGAAAUGGUGGAAUGCGUCGCAACCGCCAACCGAGUGGCGGCAUUUUCCGUACAGAAGCCAGGUACGCAGACAAGUUUUCCGCGAGUUGAUGAAGUAAACCUAUCGGCAGGGCUGUCAUCAUCCGAUUUCAGUGAAUGGGAAUACAUUUGAAUUGUUUAUUUCUACUUUUAUUGAUAACUGAAUAAAGAGUUUCAUAUUGUUAUACUUUUA